CUCAAAAGGAAUUCGUGAAGAAGUACGCCUAGUCUUCUUCCUCUCACCAAUAAUUCUCCUUUUCCUAAAUCUGAGCCUAAAGAAAUUCUCAGCUUCGAGAAGAGCCACACAACUUUUCCCUUUAACGAAACCCUAGAUUUUCUCACCCAACGCUCACUUUUCCGAGAAAAUUUCCUGCUCCAAUCUCAAAUUUCCUGUACCCAAGUCCAAACAAGAGUCCAAUUCGCCCCUUGCUUUCCUGCGCCAGCCCUAGAUCCCCACGUAUUUCAGCGAAUUUUCGAUCCGAUUCUCGUGGCUAGAGGAUGGGAAAGGUUCUCAGAGAAAGCCUCAAUUCGAGGCCCGCUUUUCCUUGUUCCUCGUCGUCUUCGUCUCCUUCGCCUUCGACCACGACGUCGACGUCGGUCACGGAGACCGUGAACGGCUCGCACCACUUCAAGAUCACGGGGUAUUCGCUGCUGAAAGGGAUGGGGAUCGGGAAGUACGUGGCGUCCGAUACGUUCGUCGUCGGCGGGUACACGUGGGCGAUCUAUUUUUACCCCGACGGGAAGAGCGUGGAGGACAAUGCGGCGUACGUGUCGCUCUUCAUCGCGCUGGCCAGCGAAGGGACCGACGUGAGGGCGCUCUUCGAGUUGACGCUCUUGGACCAGAGUGGCAAGGAGAGGCACAAGGUGCACACCCACUUCGGGAGGACCCCGGAUAGCGGGCCCUACACGCUUAAAUAUCGCGGUAGCAUGUGGGGUUACAAGAGGUUCUUCAAAAGAACUCUUCUAGAGACAUCAGACUACCUCAAAGAUGAUUGCCUCUCUGUUCAUUGUAGUGUUGGUGUUGUGAGAUCAUACACAGAGGGGCCUAAGAUCUACUCUAUAACACCACCACUGUCUAACAUAGGUCAGCAUUUUGGGAGGCUACUGGAACUUGGAAAGGGAACAGAUGUGAAUUUCGAAGUUGAUGGGGAAACUUUUGCUGCUCAUAAGUUGGUCCUUGCAGCUCGCUCACCAGUAUUUAGAGCCCAACUUAUUGGUCCAAUGAGGGAUCAAAAUACCCAAUGUAUAAAAGUUGAAGAUAUGGAGACUCCUGUUUUUAAGGCAUUGCUUCAUUUUAUAUACUGGGACUCUCUACCGGACAUUGAAGAGCUUACUGGUUUGAACACAAAAGGGGCUUCUACUUUGAUGGCUCAGCAUCUGCUUGCAGCUGCAGAUCGGUAUUGUCUUGAAAGACUCAGGGUACUAUGUGAGGCCACUCUAUGUGACAGUGUUGCCAUAAACACUGUAGCAACAACACUAGCUUUGGCGGAGCAGCAUCACUGUUUCCAGCUGAAAGCUGUGUGUCUCAAAUUUAUCGCAAUGCCUGAAAAUCUGAGAGCUGUGAUGCAGACAGAUGGUUUUGAAUACUUAAAGGAGAGCUGCCCCUCUGUCCUUACUGAGCUCUUGGAGUAUGUGGCUAGAGUUAAUGAACACUCUGUCAUUGCAUGCAGGCAUGGAAAUGAAGCUAUCCUUGACGGCAGCGAUGUCAAUGGUAGGCGGGUGAAGCAAAGACUAUAGUGAGCAGGUUCCCACAAUUCUUUGUAGCCAAAACAGAAAGGACGAUCGGAAAAAAGAAAGAAAAAAAAAAGGGACAAUAAUGUUUACUAGGAUUAGAAAAAUUUUCUUCCAGCUUUCUUCUGUAAGAGAAUGUAAAUUUAGCUGUUCAUUUGUUGUCCAUGGCUUAGCUUGUAAUGUGUAAGUUUUGUUUUCUAGUUUUCCAUUUCCUCUCUGGUUCCUCCCUCCCUCCCUCAAGGUUGCAGUACUUUUCGCUUCUUUUGUUUUUGUUGUAGUACACUAUUCGUGUGAUUAAUUUUUGGAUUACUGUCGUGUGUUGUUUCACAAUGAAUUUCAGUUCCGGAUACA